AUGGGCUUGAUUACUCGGGGCUGGCUUAUUUUGGCUCUCUGUCUAGGCUUUGCUUACAGUCAGGCCCCUAUUACGCCAGGGGUCACGGAAGUAGACUUGAUCUUUCCGCGCAAUGAGAGCUAUUCCCCCUCGCCAGUCACUCCGAUCAUUUUCGCCAUCCAAAACCCGAGCCUCCUGUCAAGCCUCAACCCAGAGAUUACUUAUUAUAUUGAGCAGCAAAAUGUCAACACCAAUGUAAGCGUCUCUAGCUCUGGCUCUAUCCGACUCUCGAGGAUCAAUUAUACGACAAGUGACCCUUACUACCUCUAUUGGAGCACCGGCAAUUUGGACAUUGAGGGGACCUUCGUUGGCGCUUCCUCGCUGGACUUUGUCGCCGCAACCGAGGAUGAUGCCUGCGACAAAUCCCAAGCCCAGGCCGUACAAGUCCCGGAUCUUUUGGAGGUGCCGCCUACACGAACCUGGGGCGCACCUUCCUGUGCAGCAACUGUGGGUCCGUCGCCGACUCCCAAUCCUUGCAAGGUCAAGAUCGAUUCCACAGCUGCCGCAAGUAUUUCCGCGGCCUUGGCCUCCAGUGCUUGUGCCAACCCGGUCCGCACGGGGCUGAGCUGCCCAACCCCACCCUCUAAGAGUGCGGCCUCUUGGCGCAAUCACCCAUCGGAGGGCCCUGGCUAUUAG